AUGAAGUUUACCGCACUUACUCUCUUGGCACUCGGUGCCUCCGCCACCGCCUAUGUCGUCAACGACAAGAAGGUUGUGACUGAUAAUGCUGUUGAGGCUCGUGUGGUGGGCAGCGGCCCCGUCCGCGCAUCUGCUCUCGUAGCUGCUAUGCAAGCUCGUGACCCACAGCCCCACCACAAGGGCAAAGGAAGGAAGAACAACAAGCGUCAGGAGGAUGACGAGGAGGUCGACCCUGCUCACUGGGCCGACCUCGCUGCUCGUGAGCCCCACCACAAGGGUAAGGGCCGCAAGAACAACCGCCGCGAGCCUGAGCCCGUUGUCGAGAUCGAAGCCCGUCACCACAAGGGCAAGGGUCGCAAGAACAACAAGCGUGAGGUUGAGAUCGAGGCUCGCCAUCACAAGGGCAAGGGUCGCAAGAACAACAAGCGCGAAGACGAGGCUGAUGAGGACGAGGUUGACGAGGAUGAGGCCGACGACGAGGUCGACGACGAGGAGGAUGAGCUGACCAAGCGCGAGCCCCAUCACAAAGGAAAGGGCCGCAAGGCUAACAACAAGCGUGAGCCCCAUCACAAGGGCAAGGGCCGCAAGGCUAACAAGCGCGAAGUCGAAAUCGAAGCCCGCCAGGAGUUCGACCAAGCCGCCGACGACGCCCACUGGGCUGAUCUUCACGCUCGUGAGCCUGAGCCUCACCACAAGGGCAAGGGUCGCAAGGCAAACAACAAGCGCGAGGAGUUCGACCAGGCUGCCGAUGACGCCCACUGGGCUGAUCUUCACACUCGUGAGCCUGAGCCUCACCACAAGGGCAAGGGUCGCAAGGCAAACAACAAGCGCGAGGAGUUCGACCAGGCUGCCGAUGACGCCCACUGGGCUGAUCUUCACACUCGUGAGCCUGAGCCUCACCACAAGGGCAAGGGUCGCAAGGCAAACAACAAGCGCGAGGAGUUCGACCAGGCUGCUGAUGACGCCCACUGGGCUGAUCUUCACGCUCGUGAGCCCCACCACAAGGGCAAGGGCCGUAAGGCUGGUAACUAA